AUGUUGUUCGCAGCGCUGUGGCGUUUGUUUCCAUCGCAGCUGCCCGGCUCCGUCUACUCUGGCUCCAUGGGUUCCCGUCCCUCGCGGCACCAUGCAGCACCGGCAGUGGCAGUGCGUCCGUCCGCAGCGCCCGGCUGGAGGGUUUGCAUUCGCUUCGUUGAUGGAGGGGAAAUGCAGCUGGAAGUUAGCCCAAAGAGGCCACUGGAGGAGUUGCUCUUGAUGAUCUCGCAGAAGUUGGACAACUUUCCUGUGAAGUAUUUGAAGCUACCCUUGGAAAGUGCGAGUUCAUCGAGCAUCCUCACUUGGAAAGAUGGGGAGCAAAGCCUCGAGGCCCUUGGCCUCCACGAUGGCUUGGAGCUCCUUUGCGUGAAAUCCUCGCCCAUGGCCUCCGCCGUGCCCGCGGCACCCAGCGAUGCAUCGGCGCUGAAGGCCGUGGUGUUCGAGUCCGAAGAGAGGAAGGAGUUGGAGACGGUCUCAAUGUAUUUGGAACUCCAGGCAGAAGGUUGGAAGGAGCUUUCAUGGUGUGGCCCGGUGCAGAUCAUGCUCCAAGCCAGUGUGGCGGAGGUGAUUUUGGAUGCUCAACAGCUUCUAAUGAACUUGGCCAGGGAGGCGCCUGAUUCAACAAUGCCAAUGAAUUCCUUUCCAAAGCUGUCAAUGCGUUUGAAUUCGCUUCUCUUGAUGCAAUAUUCGAUCUAUCGAUGGCAUCCUUGUGAACGGAUCCAGCUCGGAUUCAGUUGUGGCCCAACGCUCAACGAGAAAUUCAGCACUCCACUCUCUGAACUUCGAUUCCCUUCGGGCUCUUCGCUUCAGGAUGGCGACUGCUUGUGCCUUUUCUCUCAGAUGGACUAG